UGAUCUUUUCUUGUUUGCUGUGUGAUACUGGACGCCAGCAUCGAAAUGGGCAAUGAGAACAGUAGUGCGGAAAAUCAGAGCGCUCCACAAGAUUCAGAAUUAGGCGAACCUCCUGGUAAUGGGCACGGUUUAAAAAGAAGCCCUCAGGAAAACAGCACAGAAAGAUCUGGAGGGCAAGACAUCUCAGAUCUUCUUCCUGCUGCUGUGCAACUGCCUGAGAGCACCUCCUCAUCAAUUCCAGAACGUACAAGCAACAGUAAUGAAGGCAUCAGUAGCUACAGUACCGAAGACUUAUCCAACCCAAAUUCAAGUGUGGUGUCUUCAGAGGUGACAGGACAGAACACUAUCUUGCAAGAGCAAGGAGGACAAACAGACUCUCAUUUCUUAAAGCAGGCUGCAGAACCACGAGAGAGAAGUCUGCCUAUCUCAAUGCCUUUUGCAGACUGUGCCAAAGAACAUGUCACAGCAGAUCUUACAAGCAGCAAUGACAAGUUACCAACCUCAAAUUGCAAUGAAGCACUGCCAUCACCCACUCCAGUGAAAGACAAAGAAGAGGGAAUAGCACGUGCCAAACCUGUGGACAGAGGCCCAAACUGUCACAAUAUUGCUGCUGCUUCUAUGAAAAACAGUGAGAAUGACCCCAGAAAGCCAAGCUUGGAGCCCAGCCCUCCUGCAGCAAUUACAGAAAUGCAAGGAGUCACACAAAUGAGUUUGAGUGAAUUAGGAUCGCCCUGGCAGAGUGAACAGCUGGGUGGCAUGAGGGAACCACAUGUCAGCACGUUUCCCCAGGGUAAAGAAGCAGGGGAUUAUUUUACUGCUCAGGAGGCCAAGCAGGAGCGAGGAGUUUUGGAAGUAGGUCAGCCACAGUCUGUAAUGCAGCAAGGUAGACAGAACACAGAUGGUGGAGAGGGUCUGCUAAUGAAAAAGGAAACCUUAAUCCUAAAUUAUCCAGCAACAGGAGGCUCAGAGAGUGAAAAAUUGGGAGCAAUUGUGAAUGCUCAGGGCUUCACUGAGAUCAGUGAAGUCUGUAAUCUACAGAUGGGGGCUGUAACAACAGCUAAAGGCAAUGAGGCAAAUCCACCUCUAUCUGGAAGCAAAGGGGAGCAAACAGAAGCCUGUACAGCUCUAAUGUCAGAGUUGCCUUCUAACCCUCCAAAUGCCUUCCUGGUACCAAAGCCUGAAGAGCCUUGGAGGGAAGAUGUGCCUGGAAAUGACUCUCAAGAGCCAAUGAAGAACGAAGCAGUGAAAACAGGCUCUGAAAAAAAUGAACCCAUUUUUCAAAGAGAGCUUCAAAAGGAGGAUGAGCUUCUUAGCGCCGAGCAUUUCAGUGUGCCUUUAUCAUUUAAGCAAGAGGAAGAACAAAAAUCAGCUGUCACAACUGAAAGCCCAAAAGAUGAAGCCAGUAGCAAUGAAAUUAUAAAAGCUGAUGAUGUGUCUAGAGAAAGCACCACACUUUCUGAAACAGAAAGUAUUAUCAGUCCCACCAAGGAAAAUUCCCUGGUAGAUAAAAGAUUAUUACUGGAAGAAUAUGCAUUAAGUGUUUCUCUGAGCAGAUCCACAGAGCUGAAUCAAAAAGAAACUGAGGCAAGUCUAACAGGAGAAAAAAAUGAAAUCAGAAUAGAGGAGGCACAAGAGACACAAACCAGUGAAUUACCUGAGGGGUCAACAGGGGCAGAAAGACAACUGUUGGACUCUGUUAGUAGCCACCUGCAGGACAUGGAAAAUGCUCAUUUGGGACACAAUCCCGAAGAAUUCAGUCUUUGUGAAAAGACUUCAACAGGUGACCUAGGGGAAAAAACUGGGGGAAAGCCUCUGAAUUUAGACAGUAUCUUUAAAUUGCCCAAAGACAAUUCUCACUCUCUUGUUUAUAAACCUGAACAACAAAUGAGUAAAGAGCAAACAGAUGCCACAGAUGACCUGGAGAAUAAGCUUGCGGCUUCACCACAGUUUCCAACGGAAGCACCACUGAGUUUUGACUACCUUAACACUGAGGCAGAAGACAAAACUUUGGGCCAACCAGGCUGUAACGAGACUGAAAAGGUUUGUUUAGCUGGUGCACACAGUUCACUGCUCCUCCACGCUGAGAACAAUAAUAUUAAGCAGAGUAAGCAGGAUGAAUCCUGGGAAAAGGCUUUUGCUACAGAAACUGUGUUAGAAUCUGAAUACAAAGCCGAGAGUCAAGGAAAGCCUGAGAGCUAUAGCACGUCAGAAGAAAGUGCAAAAAUGUCCAACUCAAAACUUGAGCUCCAGGGCUUCAGUGAGUUGGCAGGGACUACGGCUGCACAAACUAAGGAGGCCUCACGGGUUUCAGAAACCAAAGGACACGGUCACAUCACUGAAGUGUUUUGCAGUGAUCCAGAGCGAGGACGUGCAGCCGCAGCUGCACAGAGCACCGCUGUGGAUGGUAUCCAACAGGAAAAGCACCAAACUGUGGUGAAAAGUUUGACAGAGGACAAAGUUUUAGCACUGAAAAUUGAACGUAAAUCGGAUGUGCUGGUGCAAACUCAGCUGGAGCAAGCAGCUGCAGAAAGUCACAGAAAUACACAGGUGGCUUGUUCAGAAACCUCCCAAGCUGUAGUCAGUACCUCAGGACUCACUCCUCAGCAAGUUCAGGUGGAGGAAGGGGGUGACAGCCCUGUCAGGGAAAACAACUGCCCCUCUGAGAGUGACACGUGCAGCUCUUCGGAGACCCUGGAGUGCAGCAUCAGAGAACUGCGGGAAAAUGCAGAUGUUCCAACUGCUCUUCUCCAAGCAGAGCAAAUGGAGAAUUCAGUCCCUGUUGCUAGUGACAGUGACUGGGUUUCAAAUACAGGACUUGCACAACAGAAGCAGCAAAGCAGUCUGACAACUGUCACAAGAGCAGAUGAUCAAGAACACAAAGAAAGGGCUCUAAAACCUGAACGGCCAUUGGACCUAAAUAAUCACAGCAACAUACCAGAAAUACCUCUAAACAUUUCAAACAACCUUCAUAAAGAGUCUUCUGUGCUAGGUACAGCACCGAUCCAAUGCGACUCUGACACAGCAAAAGAAAAGGACAAGGAUGAAAGCAGUGCCCUGGUGUCAGAGGAUAUGUGCAGCCACGAACAUGGGCAAAAUAUUUCUAGUGUGACCACGCUUAAUUUGCAAGAUUGCAAUGAGCAAAACAAAACUGAUCUCAAGGCAGAAAAAAACUGCCAAAGUAAGCAAAACUCAAACAAGCCUGAGCAGGAUAAUAAUUCUUUGAUCUCAGCUAGUCAGCAUGAAGCAGCAUGUCAUAGCGAUACGUUUUCUAAAGAAUCUGACAAGAAUGAACAGCCAGGCAGCAUAUGUGGGAUAAAGGAUAAUACUGGUGAAAGCCAUGCCGCUGCUAUAAACACUCUUCCAGGGACACAGAAUUCAGCAAGUGCCACUAACAUAUCACAGGCUUUGCCAAGUGAUACAGAAAUAGCACAUACUUCUGAUAAUUCUGAGAAAAAUGAUCCUCAAAUAUCUCGUCCAGAAACUCAAGGGAAAAUGCCAUUAAUGGCAAAAGACUUGGAAAAGACUGAAGAUCUGACUGCUGACAGGGAAAUCAUCCAGAAAGAUGGCAACAUGGAGAUAAGUUCUGGGGACAGUGUCACAGAAACAAGCAGCAUGAAAAGUGAUAAAAGUCCAGGAGCACAAGGAUCUCCUUCACCAUCACCAGCACCCGGGGAGGUAGUGCCCGCUGAUCAGUCCUAUAAAUCCAGCUGCAUUCAAAAAACACCAGAGCAGCCUGGUUAUUGUCAAGCAAAUUUUACAGCCCUCUCUACACAGACCUCUGCACUCAGCCAUCCCAGCCAGCAACCUGGAAACAAUACGAACAAUGGUACUGGGGGGGUAUUACUAAAUAAUGAGCUGGAAGUUGUAGCAUGCCAAAAUGCCUUAGAAGUUAACUAUAAUUUGCAGAUGGCUGCAGGUUCUCAGGUGUCUGCGCACAUAGGUUCUUCACCCGGGGUAAGCACAGGUAAACCAGCAAAUUCAGAAAACAGCUCUGCGGGGAGUGUGCGUGUGAAUGAAAAAGAUGUUCCAGACCAAAGUUUUCAGGGUGAUGGAGAGAGGAAUUUAUCCCUGCCAGAGCCUUUAAAUGUGGGGCAGAGUACUGGAAACUUAUCACAGUUCAGUUCUGAGAAGCUGAAGAAAGAGAUAUCUGCAGUUAAAUCCAAAGAAAGCCAAAGUGAGGCAAACUUCAAAGAACAGCAAAGUGACAGUUCAGCAGAGUCUCUGUUAGCUCUCCCUACUCUAGAAGGGAAGCUGCUGAGCCUUUCAUCUGUUGUUAAACAAGAAGGCUGUAAUGAGGAAAUUGCAACCGGUAUCUGCGUAGAUGACAAGUACGGUAAGAUCUUAGAGAAAGCUGGGAAUUCAGAAAAAAUGGAAGAGCUUUCAAACGACAAUAACAACACAACCAGGGCAGAGAUCAUUAUUUCCGAGCAGUCUGCAGAGGACUCUGGAAGGGAGCAUGAGGCUCUGACUUGCAGCUCUCUGGAUAUUGGCUCCAGCCUCCCAGACUUCAGGGAGCAUAUCAGUCAGAUAUUUAAAAAAACUGUCCACAGCACACUGAGUGCUGAAUUGCCCCAACUUUUGUCUGAAAACCAUGCAGGCUUCAAGCAGAGCCCAGUGGCCAAGGAUACAGCAGAACUGUGCGGUGCUGAGAACUCUUCAGAAUCAAACAAGGUGGGCAAGGGACCUCCCAAGGGCACCUCAGAAGCAGAGGGGAAAGAGUUCUCUUUAGCUACGGAGGCUUCCUGCAAAGCUGCCCAGGGCAAACCUCUGCAACAAGAAGACAGAGCGGCAGAGCUGCCACCAGAAAGUCUCCAGGAUACUGAGAAAAAUGGGCCACCCAGUAGCUGUUUAGAAAUGGUCCCUAGAUUGGAUGGCUCUACGCCUGCUGAAUGUGCUCUGAAGAAUCUGCAAAAGCUGGACCAAACCACUGAGCAUCCAGAGAGCAGUGAGAUGGAAGGGAAGGAAGGUGUGUGUGCUAGUGGUGCUGAUCCUGAAUCGCUAAUAAGCUUAGAGAUAAAGAAGCAAGGACCGGCUUCAUUUGAUGGGGCAGCAGCUGAGAACUUCCCUGCAUAUUCUGACAGUAAGCAACAACACACUGUAGCUGUUACCACCACAGGCGAUGUACAGAAGAGGGACUUAGAAGAUGCUGCCAUAGCAGAGGGAAAUAACUUAAUUACAGAGUGUCAUGCAGAACCAGUUUCAUCUGAAGAGGAUGUAAAUCUUCCUACUGAACAGUGCCAGGAUCCUGAGCCAAAUGAACAGGAGAAAAGUGAGUAUGGGGAUCCAGACAUUGCCAAAAGCAUCUCUGACACAGCAGCUCCAACACUUGUCCCGGAAGGAUCUUACAAUCAUGGAAAAUCGCCAGACAAUUUUAAAGUGUCACCUGGGGAAAAUCAGGAGACACACAUUCAGAGCAAUUUUAUGCAUGAAAUUAAGUCUCAGAAUGACAUACAGAUGAUACAAGACGAUCCAGUAAAUAGGAAAUGCUUGGAAACAUUGGAAAAUUCACAAGAUGCACAGCGGGAAAAGAAAGUGACCAUGCAUGGGUUAAUAGAUUACUUAAAAACCGAAGUAAGCCAGGAUGAUUGCUUGCAAACUGACUCUAAACUAGAAUCUAGCAAUACAACUGAGGGAGAUGUAAAAGAGAACGGUGACACAGUGUUAAGCACAGCAAAGACAGGUAACGAAAAAAAUGGAGACAUCCCUGAAACAGGUACUGCAAGGAUGUUAGUCACUGGUGAAGGCGACUUAGCUAUUAGCACGGGCACUGAAGAGCAGGAGGCAGACAUGUGCAAAAAUCACUCUCCAAGCUUUUCUGUGAUGGAGCAGGGUGAGCAUUCUGCACGUACGGAUCUCACUGUUGCCGAAAAUCAGCCGAGCAAGAUGAAUUCGGAACGUGAAAGCUCACUUCAGGAUGCCAAAAGAAAGCUAUCACCGCUUGCGUCAGCUGAGCCUAAGAACCCUGACCUCAGUGAACUUCAAGACACGGCUGUGGCAGGAUUACCUACUGAAAGCCCUUCUGGGCCAGGUGAUGAUAUACAGUUGGCUCCUCUCCUCGAUCCUUCUGAGCAACCCUUAGCUGUUUCUGCGGCAAAUGGAAAUGUUGACCCCGUGGAUGCUGCUGAGCUGACUGCAGCAAGCACUUCCAAGCCUGAUAGCUGCAAAGAAGUUGAUUACCUCAUUUCUGGAGAUGUACCUUUGGCUGCGGCCCCUGGUGAUGGUGUAGAACUGCCUGCUCAAGAAACUGAAGGUUUCACAAGGGAAAAAAAGAGGAGCUCUGACUCUGAAGAAGCAUUUGAGACCCCAGAGUCCACCACACCGGUAAAGGCACCACCUUCACCUCCACAGCCACCCCCCGAAGCGGCGGCGGCAGCAGCAGUUGUAGCAGACGUAGCAGAACAAGAAAUAAAACCCCAGCUGCCCUUGGAAGACACAGGAUUAUGUUCAGAAACUGUACCCGUAACUGAUGUGUCACACAGCGAAUCAGCUGAAGAAAGCCCUUUCCGUCCCCCUUCCCAUUCUUUUUCCACCGUCUUCGAUGAGGACAAGCCAAUAGCCAGCAGUGGAACUUACAACUUGGACUUCGAUAACAUUGAGUUAGUUGAUUCUCUCCAUGCCUUAGGACCGAGCUCUCCAGAAUCGAAGAAUCGUGACCCCAAAGCGAAUGUUCGAAGAAAAUCUACUGAUUCAGUCCCAGUUUCCAAAUCUACAUUGUCUCGUUCUCUUAGCUUGCAAGCUAGUGAUUUUGAUGGAGCAUCUUAUCUUGGCAACAGCGAGACAUUAGCACCGGCAGCAGAUGUGUAUGGUACUGGUUCAAGUAGUGCUUCUAGUACCCUUAAGAGAACAAAGAAGUCCAGACCAGCUUCCUUAAAAAAGAAGCAGUCAGCAAAAAAAUCUCUGGAUGCUCCACCAGUGAAGGAAACACCACAAGAACCAUCUGACCUUGGCCAGGCAGCUUGUGCCCCAGGUGAGGAUAAAACAGUGUCCGAAGCAAAGGCUGACUCGGUAAAGCUCGAAUGUACUGAACCUUCUAAAAUCUCUGCUGAGAAACAGGAGGCCCCACCUGUGCCUGAAGGAUCCUGCCCUUUGGAUCCAGAGAGUUUUGAAGGGAUUAGUGCAUUUAGCACUGGAGGCAGCAAAGUACAAAACUCUCCCCCUGCCAAUAGGAAAACACUACCUCUUACAACGGCACCAGAGGCUGUGGAGGUGACUCCGCCUGACACUGGAGGACAAGAAGACCCUCCGGUCAAAGGCAUUGCGGUGAGGCUGGAGUUCGAUUAUUCUGAAGAAAAAGGGGUGAGUGAAGACCAGCAGGAGAGUACUCCUCCUCCCAAAAAAGCAGGUAAAAAGCCUGGUGCUAAAAUGCCACUACGGAGGCCAAAGACUAAAAAGUCAGUGGAGAAGCUUGACAAUGCUCCAACCACACCAACCAAGUCACCCACGGAUCCAAAUGAAAUCCCUAUCACAAAAGGCUCUUACACUUUUGAUAUUGACAAGUGGGAUGAUCCCAAUUUUAACCCCUUCUCCUCUAGUACAAAAAUGCAAGAAUCACCCAAACUGCCUCAACAAACGUACAGUUUUGAGCCAGACAUGUGUGAGGACUCUAUUGACCCUUUCAAGUCUUCUUCUAAGAUAGCCAGCUCGCCCUCUAAAUCUCCAGCUUCCUUUGAGAUACCAGCCAGUGCCAAUGAAACAAACGGAACUGAAGGAGACAACUCGAAUAAACCUGCAAAAAAGAAGAAGACGCCACUAAAAACGAUGGUAGAAGAUGUGAUGUCUGUAUGUUCUCUGUUUGAUACAUUUAGGGUGAAAAAAUCACCAAAAAGAUCCCCACUAUCUGAUCCUCCUUCUCAGGAUCCCACUCCACUGCCUACUCCAGAAACACCUCCCGUCAUAUCCACGGUGGUUCAUGCGACAGAUGAGGAGAAACUGGCAUCUUCAGUGACCAGUCAGAAAUGGACCUGCAUGACUGUGGACCUGAACACGGAUAAGCAGGAUUACCCGCAGCCGUCCGAUCUGUCUACAUUUGUUAAUGAGACUAAGUUCAGCUCUCCUACAGAGGAAUUGGAAUAUGGCAACUCAUAUGAAAUAGAAUAUAUGGAGAAAAUAGGCUCUUCUGUGCCUCAGGAUGAUAGCACCCCGAAGAAACAAUCUUUAUAUCUAAUGUUUGAUGCACAGCAGGAAAGCCCAGUCAAAUCACCUCCCAUCAGACUGUCUGAUUCCACAACACCAUGCUCCGGGUCAAGUUUUGAAGACCCUGAAGCCCAGCAAACCUCUGGAAUUAAAAUACAACACCCAGCUUCCCGAGUCCUAGCUGCCAGCCAAGAGGCACACUUACAGUCAUCUGAGAAGUCAAAGCAGAAGGACCUAGAGCCCAUGACCCUGGGAACAACUCCAGAGGCUAUUGAAAUAACAUCUCCUGAAGACUCCUUUGUCUCUGCUGAUGCUCUUCUUAAUAGGAUAUCUAAGAAAACCUCAAUAUGUGAUCAGCCUGAAUAUCUAGAUCCUGACUUAGCAGAAAAGAACCCCCCAGUAUUUGCUCAGAAACUUCAGGAGGAGUUAGAGUUUGCUGCAAUGAGGAUAGAAGCACUGAAGUUAGCCAGGCAGAUUACCCUGUCUUCUUUCCGCUCCGAGGUAUCUGGUUUGUGCCUGCCAUGUGUGUGUGAGUCUGCACAGACUAAGAAACUGAGUGAUGCUUUUUCUUUAACAAGGUGCAAGCCUGAGGAUGAACAGAGAGAGAAAUCUGUCUCCCAUCACACUGUUCAGCAGCUGAUAGUGGAGAAGGAACAAGCUUUGGCAGAUCUGAACUCAGUGGAGAAAUCACUGGCAGAUCUUUUCAGGAGAUACGAGAAAAUGAAAGAAGUACUGGAGGGCUUUCGGAAGGUGAGUCAAGUUAAAGUCUCCUUCUUCAAAGAAGCCAAUGCUGAAAUUGCACAAGUGAGAGGCAAGGCUCAGCAAGAGCAAGCAGCAUACCAGGCCAGCCUUCGUAAAGAGCAGCUGAAGGUGGACGCGUUGGAAAGAACACUGGAACAAAAGAAUAAAGAGAUAGAAGAAUUAACAAAGAUUUGUGAUGAACUGAUUGCCAAAAUGGGGAAAAGCUAACUUUUAACCAAAUUUCUGGACUUCGAUAUUGAGUGCAAUAUGACCAUUGGCACACUGAUGUCCAUACAUUUAUGUGGACAGGUUAUAUUUUCACUUUUUCGUAUGCACUACUGUAUUUUCUUUCUAAAUAAAGUUGAUUUAAUUGUAUGCAGUACUAAGAUGACUAUCAGAAUUUCUUGCUAUUGUUUGCAUUUUUCAUAGUAUAAUUCAUAGCAAGUUGAUCUCAAAGUUCCUGUAUCAGGGAGAUUGUCAAGUUCUCUAAGAAAUUACAAAUUGCUGAUCCUAGCCUUCCCUUUGUACAUGAGUUCCCAUGUUGGAUGUCUUUUGGAUUUAAUAUAAACAUGUAUUACUUGCAUGGGGACUCUUGCCUUAAGGAGUGUAAACUUUAUCUGCAUUUGCUGAUUUGUAAAAUAAAAUUUAAAAUGAAAAAAAAAAAAAA